AUGAAAGAAAAAGAUAUAAUUUAGUAGAAGAAAGAUAAAAGGGAGAGAGAGGAGUAGUGCGGUCUUUUAAUAAAAAAAGAAAAGGACGAAGAAGUCCGUGCUGGCAAAAGAUUCCCUCAUUCAAUCACUAAGGAGUAGUGGGUGGCGGGGUGGCAGUUCUUUGGUUGUUCCCGGUGGCUGGCUGUGGUGUUAAAUAGCAAUUUUGGUUACAAUUAGAAACCCUAAGAGGCAUGGGGUGUGGCAGCUCCAAGCUGGAGGAUCUACCAGCAGUGGCCCUUUGCAGGGAGCGGUGUGGUUUCCUUGACGAAGCAAUUCACCAGCGCUACGCACUGGCCGCAGCUCACAUGGCCUACAUCAACUCCCUCAAGGCAAUUGGUCACUCCUUACACCUUUUCAUUCAGCAAGACAUGGAUGCUCCUCCCUCUCCCUCUCCCUCUCCCUCCCCUUCUCCCCCUCACAAACCCUCCAAACACGCCUCUUCUUCUCACUCCGACUCCGCCGGCUCCCACCUCCACUUCCACUCCGACUCCGACUCCGACCACCUCCCCUCCCUCCACCAUUCCCCUGAUCCAUCCUCUCCUCUGCCUCACCAUCUUCAUAUGAAUUACAUGAAGAAUAAAGCCGCUCCUUCAAUUGUCUACGAGCAGAGGCCUCUGAGUCCCCAAACCAUGUACUUGGGAGAGUCCUCCUCUUCCUCCUCCUUUUACCCUUACCAGUAUCCCCCUUACCCCUACCCCUACGAUCCCUAUUCGGCCGUAGGUUCUUCCUCGCCGCAGCUCCAUGCCGUUUCCAAGCCUCCCCCGCCUCCUCCCUCUCCUCCUCGCUCCUCCACCUGGGACUUUCUCAACUUCUUCGAUAACAGCGACGACAAGUACUAUCCCCAAACUCAUUACCCUGCCACGGCCACCCCCAGCCGCGAUUCCAGGGAGGUUCGAGAGGAGGAGGGGAUCCCCGAUUUGGAAGAUGAGGAUUACCACCACGAAGUUGUCAAGCAGGUCCAUGGGGAUCAGAAGCUCGUCCAGCCAACUAUGCACGAACCCCCAGCCUCCUCCCGCCACCACGACGAAGAUGACGAUGAUGACGAUGAUGAUGAUGAUGAUGAUGAUGAGGUAGAAUAUGAGGUGCACGUGGUAGAUAAGAAAGUGGUUGAUGGAGAUAAUAAUGAUGGGAACAAGGCCAAGGAGCACGCCGCAUUCCGUACCCGGAGACCUGGUUCCCGGAAUCCACUUGAGGUUGCUAAAGAGAUUCAGAUUCUAUUUCAGAGGGCUUCCGAUUCUGGUGCCCAAAUCGCCAAGAUUCUUGAGGUCGGCAAGCUUCCCCACAAUCGAAAGCACGCAGCUUAUCAAGCUUCUUCCAAGAUGUUACAAGUUGUUGCUCCCUCUUUGUCCCUUGUCUCCUCCCAACCUUCUACUUCCAAAGAUGCUGAAUCCGCCUCCGCUGCUAACAUGGAUUUUAAUGUUGAUCUAACAACCGGGGCACGCAAUCUUUCCUCUACGCUUCAGAAGCUCCUUCUUUGGGAGAAGAAACUCUUUAAUGAAGUUAAGGCGGAGGAAAAGAUGCGGGUCAUGCACGAUAGGAAGUGUCACAGGUUGAAGCGUUUGGAUGAUAGGGGUUCUGAUUUUCAUAAAGUCGAUUCGACUCGAACUUUGAUUAGGAAUCUGUCCACAAAAAUUAGAAUGGCAAUUCAGGUGGUUGAUAAGAUUUCUAUGACUAUAAAUAAGAUAAGGGAUGAAGAACUGUGGCCACAGCUGAAGGAAUUAAUCCAGGGGUUGACCAGAAUGUGGAAAUCCAUGCUUGAAUGUCAUCAUGAUCAGUGUGAAGCAAUUAGAGAAGCCAGAAUACUGGGUUCCAUUGGAUCCAGGAAGAAGAGCGGUGAUAGUCAUCUCCAGGCAACCAAGCAGCUCGAACAAGAGCUUAUCAAUUGGACAUUCCAAUUCUCUGGCUGGAUAAGUGCUCAAAAAGGUUAUGUUAGAGCAUUGAAUAAUUGGCUGUUGAAAUGUCUCCUGUAUGAACCUGAAGAAACACCAGAUGGCAUAGUCCCCUUUUCCCCUGGUAGGAUUGGGGCCCCGCAAAUAUUUGUAAUAUGUAAUCAGUGGUCCCAAGCUUUGGAUAGAAUAUCUGAAAAGGAAGUUGUUGAUUCCAUGCAUUUAUUUACCAUGAGUGUGCUUCAGAUAUGGGAACAAGAUAAGCUAGAAAUGCAUAGGCAGGUGAUGAAGAACAAGGAUCUUGAGAGAAAAGUGAGAAAUAUGGAUAGAGAUGACCAGAAGCUGCAGAAGCAAAUUCAAGCAUUAGAGCGAAAGGUGGUUCUGGUAUCUGGAGAAGGCAAAGGUCUCUCAGUUUCUGAGAAUAUCAUAUAUCAGAGUGACAAAAGCAGUAGUCUACAGGCUAGCUUGCAGCGCAUUUUUGAGGCCAUGGAGAGAUUUACUGAUGAAUCUGUGAGAGCUUAUGAGGAGUUGCUACAACGGAGCGAAGAAGAAAGUGCUGCCCGAAAUCAUGAGAGAGUUUCAUAGGGGUGGUGUAGCUGAUGGAAGUUGGAAUGAUAUUAUCUUUGCCAUUUGCCGAGAAUAGAAACUAGCUGAUCUCCCUCUACUAACUAUUCUUUACAACAGAGUCUUGGGAGGAGGGGUUGGGUUUGAUUUCUCACUACGCUAAGCUAACUGCAUUGGAGCUGAAGAUACUACUGAGAUGGGACAGUGGAGUUUAUUGUCAAACGAAAAGAGAAGUGUGAGGUAUUAGGCGCACAGUUGCUUUUUGGGUAUGCAGCGCUAUAAGGCUACAAGUGAAGUUGUGCUGCUAAAAGACAGGGGAAGGGGAGCCCACAAAUUGUAACAUCUAAAUGGUUCUUCUUUCUGCAUUUGAAAAUAGAAAUGAAGGAGAAGGACGGACUUUCGGGUAUAGAACCCCUGCAACUGGCAAGUCAUGUGAUAGAAGGCUCAAAUUGAAUCAGUAAAAUUGGAGUAACGCACGCCACUGAAUGCAUGGGUGUUAUUGGUUCCUGUAUAAAAACAUUCGUUUUUAAGUUAAAUUAUUGUACAGAUUACCUAUUAACACUGAGCAGGCUUGAUGAAAAAGCAUUUAGAAUAAUUUUUUUUUUUAUAGCCAUUUGUUCCUCAACUGAAAUAAAUUGCUGAGAACUGUUCAAAGAAUGAAAA